UGCCGGCAGGGGGUACCGACCCCGGGCACGGCGUGAGCGGGUGGGCGGAUUCCCCCGCGUCUCCCCGAGCAUCCCGGGGGCCCGGCCGGCGCCGUCUAGGACGAUUCUGGUGGGUGUAGCGAGCUGGUCUUUACAGUAAAAGCCGCCCGGCUCUCACUGGUAGGAGUUUCCCCGGGCUAUUUAUGUAUGUUCGUCUGUCUGUACAGAUUUAAAAAAACCCAACCCAGCGGGGACGCACAGGGCGCCGCUCUGCACGCCCGCCCGCCCGCAGAGUGUUUACCAGCAAUGGGUAUGUGUCACCGUCUCAGAUGUUUUCCAGCUCGCCGAGUCCCCGCUCAGCUCUGCCGGCUCCACCCCCGGGCCCGCCUCCCCCCCCGCCCGGCACGACGCCCUCCAUCAUAUAAAGAAACUUCCCGGUGCCGUCGGCCCAGUCGCUCCGCGCCCCGUCUCAGCAGCCGCCCGGCAGCCGGAGGCCCCUGCCCGCUGCCAGCGCCGUGACAGAGCCUCCCAGAGAGCCGGUGCUUGGACGUGUGUGGAGAGGUCAGCUUGGUGGGGCACCCCAAAACCCCCUGCCCAACCUCUGACACGAGUGGCAUGAACUUGGAGCUGAGCGAGUGCGGGAUGAACUCAGUGAGCUGUGGCAAUGGGAAACUCCGCCAGUGGCUGAUUGACCAGAUAGACAGCGGCAAGUAUCCCGGGCUGGUGUGGGAGAACGACGAGAAGAGCAUCUUCCGCAUCCCCUGGAAGCACGCUGGCAAGCAGGACUACAACCGGGAGGAGGACGCCGCCCUCUUCAAGGCUUGGGCUCUUUUUAAAGGAAAGUUCAGAGAGGGCAUUGAUAAACCAGAUCCCCCUACCUGGAAGACAAGAUUAAGGUGUGCUUUGAACAAAAGCAAUGACUUUGAAGAACUGGUGGAGAGAAGCCAGCUGGACAUCUCAGAUCCCUAUAAAGUGUACAGAAUAGUGCCAGAAGGAGCCAAAAAAGGUGCAAAACAGAUCAGCAUGGAGGAACAGCCAUUAAUGAUGAACCAUCCCUUUCCAAUAGCAUCUCCUUAUACUGCACUACCAUCCCAGGUACCGAACUACAUGGUGCCCCAUGAACGGAACUGGAGGGAGUUUGCCCCGGAGCAGCCACAUCCCGACAUUCCCUACCAGUGCGCCAGCGUCCCCUUCGCCUCUCGUGGUCACCACUGGCAAGGGCCCAGCUGUGAAAAUGGUUGUCAGGUGACAGGAACCUUUUAUGCUUGUGCUCCUCCUGAGUCCCAGACUCCUGGCAUCCCGAUUGAGCCGAGCAUAAGGUCUGGUGAAGCCCUCGCUCUGUCAGACUGCCGACUCCACAUCUGCUUAUAUUACCGUGAAAUACUGGUGAAGGAGGUGACAACUUCCAGUCCUGAAGGCUGUAGGAUAUCCCAUGGCCAAAGCUACGAGGUCAGCAGCCUGGACCAAGUUAUCUUUCCUUAUCCAGAGGAUAAUGGCCAGAGGAAGAACAUAGAAAAACUACUGAACCACCUGGAACGAGGAGUAAUUCUAUGGAUGGCACCUGAUGGCCUCUAUGCUAAGAGACUUUGCCAAAGCAGGAUCUACUGGGAUGGGCCUCUGGCACUCUGCAGUGACCGACCCAACAAGCUGGAGCGGGACCAAACAUGCAAGCUCUUUGAUACUCAGCAGUUUUUAGCAGAGCUGCAAGCCUUUGCUCACCAUGGACGUCCACUGCCAAGAUACCAGGUUGCUUUGUGCUUUGGGGAGGAAUUUCCAGAUCCACAGAGGCAGAGGAAACUAAUUACAGCCCAUGUUGAACCAAUGUUUGCCAGGCAGCUGUAUUACUUUGCUCAACAAAACAGUGGACAUCUGCUGAGAGGCUAUGAUUUACCAGAACUUGUGACUAGUCCAGAGGAUUAUCACAGAUCUAUUCGCCAUUCCUCUAUUCAAGAGUAAGAACCUCAGAAAGAGUGCUGUUAAAGGCACUGUAAAGAUUGUGCAUUGUGGAAGAGCAGAUCUGGGUCACGAUUUGGAGAUCCACAAUCCCAGCUGGAUGUGUUCUGGGGUUCAAUGAUAGGAAAGUGAACAACUAGGACAACUGUAUUGUACAAUAAAAAUGACGGGUCUUCAAUAUUUGGAUGCUACGUCUCACAUAGGGUUCCACUGUUGCUGAGAAUUAACUUGAAACUGACAAAAUGAUUGCUGUGUUUACGUUUGCUUAAUGUUCUCUUUGGCUUUUGAGGACUGAUCCUUACUGAAGACUUAAAUCCAGAGUUUACACUGUUAUCUUUGCAGGGCUAUUUAUUUUGGAUUACUGAUCUCAGGGAAAGUACAUUAAUUUGCGGUGUUCCCAAUUUGAAACUGUAGCUACUGUAGGUGGGUAGCAAACGUAGAUGGUUUAUUGAGAAUAGCUAAUACAUGUAAGUGGUUAUAAAUUUAGAUUCAUAAGUGUGAUGCCUAUAUUCUUGUAUAGAGUAUUUCAGUGUAUUUUUUGAAAACAAUGCAGUUCUUCAGAGACAUAUUUUUUUAAUGCCUGACUGACACUUGUCCUGACGAUGAAUUUCGUUGCUGCCAUUUUUGUUAUUGGAUUAGCUUCCAUGAUAGCAGUUUCUCAAAUGAUGCAUUUAUGGUACUGUGUUAAGAAAAGCGACCGUUCAACUCACAUUACCUGUGGAUUUAGUGGAUUAACCACUAAAAUUCUAGAGUCCCAAAGAGCAGGUUUAUAAAUAAAUUGCAUUCUUAUAAUUUUAAGCUACUAUGCACGCAUUAUACAUGCAUAUAUAUGUAUGUAUAUAUGUAUGCGUGAGAAUGAAGUUGGCAGACCUUGCAAAUAGCACAGAAAUGGUCCAGCUACCCCUUUUUGAUGUCACAUGCACAAGCCAGGUUAAAAUAACUACCACCUCUGACUUACACAGAGCCAACUCUGCUGUUUGUGUGCACUUGCAGCUUUCUUCCAGUGGUACUGAAGUAAAUGUGAAGGGAGAGCUCAAGGAGAGCAGCAUUUGUCCUCCUGCACUAAGACAGUCAAGGAAAUACUUGUUUGAAUGUUUGCAGAAUUUGAUGCAGUUUGCAGCUUUCAGUGAUUGGGUGCUGUCACAAAGACAAAGAAGAGAGGCCUGUUAGGUGUGUGUGCCAAUGAAGUUUCCUUGCUGGCAGUCAGACCAUGAUGAUCUUUGCAGCUUUUACUCCAGAACAUGAUCCUCCUGUGCUUAGCAGGCAUACUUCACUUGGCUUCCUAAAUGAGGAAGAAAAACUGGUACUUGGUCUGGAAAAAGACUUGUGUCUUAGGGACUUUGAAUUUAUACAUCUUAAAGAUGCAUACUCUUUUGGGAUAUAUUAUCCCCAUCCUUCUCCACAGUGCCAAGCAGAAUGAACAGAUAAUUUCUACUUUGUUACUUGAAGGGCUUUUUUCCUGGCUUAAAGAUUUUUGUAGGCGAGACCUCUUUCUUAGACAUUAAAAGCAAUGCUCUAAAAGCUUUGCAUGUGCUUUUGUCCUGCGCAUACAUUUUACUGAAAGGGACUUCUGUGUUCGAACUUAACUGGUACAGUACAAGUAUUUGAUGUGCUUUUCACUUUUUUCUAGUGGUUGUUGCUUCACAUGCUCAUUGCUUUAGCUCACGUCUUGGAAUAAAGUUCUA